GAUUCGGACCGCGGAGCCGAUGGAACGCGCGCGCCGCGCCGCCCUGCUUCCCCCCAAAGUCCUCCUCGAUGAUGUCCACCUGGAUGUCCACCUGCGUAUUGACCUCCGAGAUGUCCCUCCUGGAGGAGGUGCGCCUUCCCCCAGCAGCUCGUCCGACACGAGUCGCGCUCCGAGUCGCAGCAAGGGGGGGGGGGGAGGGGGGAGAGACAAACCUUUCGGACCAACGCGGACCUCCAGCGCGCGCCGCCGCACAAAGUUCCUCUCGGGACUUUCCGCGCUUUUUUUUCCUCCUGCGCCCGGUUUGUCUCCUCGCGCUGCCGCCGGCUCGCGACCUCCGCGUCGCGCGCGCCCCGCAGGUGGCUCUGGCUCCCGCAGCUCGUCCUCCGCGUUCCCCUUCACCUACGAGGGCGUGUUCUUCACGCGCACGGAGCGGAGCGCAUGUCCCGCAAGCUCGCGCGUGGCCCCCGCCCCCCCGCCGUGCACCAUCACCGCCGCCGCCGCCGAGCCGAGGACACCCUCAGUGAGGGGGGGGCAUGCCGCGCGACGCUCCACCCGCCCGCGCGGCCCCGUCCGCUCAGCGCCUCGCGCUCCCGUCGCCGCCACUUUGUCUUCUUCGUGUGCGCGCGAGUCAUGUGUCGCGCCGAUAACCGCUUUAUCAGAAACUGAUAACGGAGCUGGACAGGACAGCGGGGACACCCGCGGGGACACCCCGCCAACUUCUCCACUCGGGACAGAAGCUGCCAUUGUAUUUCCCUGGGGACGAACGGUGUGAUGGCAAAAGUGAAAAAGUGAAAACUGAAGCGGAUUAACGGCUCCCGACUACUGGCGUUCAAGGAGGAGGGAGUAUGAAGAGGUUUUAGUGUUUGGUGCAGAGGUGAACAGCACUUGUAUACUGUAGAAGAAUGAAUUAAUGGUUUCCCCUUUUCUAUCUAUCUAGAAAAUUAUUAGA